UAAAGAAAGGCAGUGUGAAAAAUGGAAACCGUGAAGAUCGGGUCUAAUCCCAGGAUUUAACCGAAUCUUGGUGUCUUGUUGGAGUGGAAGGAGCUGUGGUUUUAAAAUCUGGGUAUGUUCUUUCAUUUUCCUGGAAGUGAAAAUAUUGCAUUUUAGUGGUGAAUUUAGAGUGAUUCGCAAUUUUAUUUUCUGUUCAAAGUAAAGAUUUUUACUUGUUUGAAUUUGGUGGAAAAGUUUGAAAAUUCAAAUGCCAGAGGAGGACUUGGUAGAACUUAAAUUCCGAUUGUAUGAUGGAUCGGAUAUCGGUCCAUUUCGAUACUCACCUGCUUCAACGGUUGCUAUGCUCAAGGAAAGAAUCGUUGCUGAGUGGCCCAAAGAUAAAAAGUUUGCGCCCAAGGGAACCAAUGACAUCAAGCUGAUAAACGCUGGGAAAAUUUUGGAGAACGACAAGACUGUUGGCCAAUGUAGAGCACCUUUCGAUGAUCUCCCUAGAGUGGCCAUCACUAUGCAUGUUGUUGUCCAGCCAUCUGUAACAAAAACGAAAACAGCAGAAAAGAAGGUGGAUGAGGCGCCACAGAAAAACUUAUGUUCAUGUUCCAUAUUGUAAAAAAA